CAAUGAUGCAUUUCAACUACAUGCUCCUCACUUUUGGACUGCUGAUUUUCUGCUUUCAGGAUGCCUCUUCUACAGAUAUAUGUCGACUUCCCAGAGAAGUAGGACGGUGCAAAGCUUCAUUUCCUCGUUUUUAUUUCAACGCAGCAACUGGGAACUGUGAGGAAUUCGUUUAUGGUGGUUGUGGAGGGAAUGCAAACAACUUCGCAUCUAUGGCUGAAUGCAGAGCUAGAUGUCAAAGGUCUGGGUAACAUGGACUCCAAUUCCAGAUCUCACUGAUGGGACCCUUUGAGAGACGGGGUGGAUCCAGCAGCUGCGAAAGGAAUCCAAACUUCCAUGGAGUCUCCCACUGAAACACCUUGCAUGCAUCUGAUUCUAAGCAUACUCUUAAAUAAACAUACACAUGCUUUGAA